AUGGCCUGGCAGUCUCCAUCUGCCAUGGCUGGGAAUGGAGGACUCGGCGGUGCGCCGGGGGAGGCGAUUGCGAAUCAUCCUCACCCACAAGGCACCGAGUACACUUUGCAAGGAGUGAUGCGCUUUCUUCAGACUGAAUGGCACCGCCAUGAGCGAGAUCGUAACGCAUGGGAAAUUGAACGUGCAGAGAUGAAGUCUCGCAUUGGUCGACUCGAGGGUGAUAUACGGACCAGCAAGCGACUACAUGAGUCCCUCGGAAAGCAUGUUAAAAUGCUGGAGCUGGCGUUGAAAAAGGAGCGCGAGGUAGUUCGCAGCCUACGCAAUGGGGAGAAAGUAGAUGAAAUUCGCGACCCCAAAGAGAUCGCAAAGGAAAGCCUUAAAAGUCUUGCUAACUCUAAAAAAGCCCCGAAUGCCUUCCUAGACACUGAGCUGGAUAAUGAUCCCAUCCACCCCGACUUCCGGCAGGAUGCAGAACGCGAAAAGUCUCGUGUAUACUUGAGCAAAUGUGCACAAGAGGUCUCCUAUCACGUUAUACCCGUUUCGCACCCGCCUCUAGAGCUCACUGGCCAGGAUUUGCAAGGCAAUUUGUACGGAGACCAGCAGCUCCCACAGCAAAGUCUCGAGGAGGCAUAUCAUCAGCAGAGGCAAAAGCAACAGCAGCAGCAGCAGCAACAACAACAACAACAACAAAACAAUAUGAUGGUUCGGGAAGUUGCAAUGCAAAAUCACCAGUCUAUACCGGCAGGCUAUGCGGAGAACAACCGAACAAAUAUUCCAACUGAACAAGCAGACCGCCGAAACUUCAUGUCCCAACCUUCAUCAAAUGCAAUUGAUACUCGCGACUUCGCGUCAGAGGAUAUAAUGAACAACAAGGAUCGCGCAGACGAGUCCAGCCUAUCGCGUUUGGCAAUGGCAAGCAAUUCGGGCGAAAGUGCCCGGCAGCAACAAGCCCAGGAUACUCCUGCAGAGACCGGUGGUUGGAACUUCGAAGAGCCUGCUGCAACUCCUGAUGUACACGCUGAAGCGGUGCCGCAUCAUCGGCCAGACACCGAUGCAUUUCCCAAAGCUAAUUUCGUGCCCACCAAGUCGCCUCCACGUGGUUCUCAUCGCCGCAAGAGCUCAGGAGCAACGAGACGAAAGAGUGAAGGCGCUAUAGACAGUCGAGAGGCGGGUUUUUUACAACAAAAUGUUGACUCAACAUUCAAAGUGCGGUUUGCUCUUCGUGGUCAUCUCGACGUUGUGCGAUCGGUUAUUUUUACUGGUGGCGGUAGUCCAUCCGAACCUGAGAUAUGCACUGGCAGUGACGACGGAACGAUUAAACGCUGGAUAUUACCUGCCUCUUACGGUAGCUUUGGGCCCGGUGCAGGCAAUGACUUGGACAUUACGAGCUAUUUCACACAUCGAGGACACGUUGGCGCUGUUACCUCUCUCGCCGCGUGCCCUGCCUCCCCCACUUUCUCUAAUGGCGGUCGAGCAUUGGGCGAUGGAUGGGUCUUUUCUGGUGGACAAGACGCCAGCAUUCGUGUCUGGGAGCGUGGCCGAGUUGAUCCUAAAGCCACCCUUGAUGGACACACGGAUACCGUCUGGGGACUUUGCAUAUUGCCUGGAACCUCAGGGUCCGUGUUCGGUGAUCUCAGCAGCAAUUACGGUGGUUCCGAUCGCAUUCUGCUGGCGUCUGGCGGCGCUGAUGGCCGCAUUAUUAUUUGGGCAGUGAGUGCACCGCCACAAGUCACUUCACCUCAACCAGGAGGUCGACGAGGUGCAGGUGGCCGACGAGCCAACUCCAUUUCGUCCGGGUCCAACUUCCCGUCCUCUCCACAGCCUCACACGACUACGAGUACAGUAUUUCACUAUACAAUCGUCCAUCAUAUUGUCCGAACAGAAUCGCCUUCCCCGACCUGCAUUAGCCCCUUGUCUCUUGCUGGAGUAAACUUUGUGGUUUCCUAUGCGGAUGCUUCAAUUCUCAUCUAUGACACUCGGACGGGCGAGGAAGUUGUCGGCAUGGCCAGCUUGGAAACAUAUGAUGGAACUCCUUCGACAGGAGUUAAUUCCGUAGUGACGUCGACCAUUGGAUUUGAUGGAACAGCGAGUCUGGAUCCAAAUCGCGCAUUGACCGAGGAAGAGGCUGUCGUACACGGCGCUACAGGGACAAGUGGCGGAGUAGAGGGCGUUAUAAUAAGUGGUUAUGAGGACCGAUAUAUACGAUUUUUCGAUGCAAACAGCGGUAAGUGA